AAACCUGAAGUAUCCUUUGAUUCAAUCAUUUGUGAGUACAACAUUUUUGAAUCUUCAUCAUGAGAUUGUUUGCAAGACCUUCGUGUGGUUGCUCAUUGAAAUCCAAGCUCGGUAAAAGACCUUCAUCCGUAUCAUGUUGCUCUAUCAAAUCCAAGCUCAUUACACGACAUUCAUUCUCAUGCGGUGCUCGCAGUUUGAAAACCACCCCUACUUUUAAGAAACAAAGCAGUGGGAGAAAACUCUUCAAACGUUUCAGAAUCAAGAAACGUCUAUCCGUAAGACGACCUAGAUUUCGUCGUAAUCGACCUCGUGUUUCUAAUAGGAGGAACCCGAUCCGAAAAUUCUUAGCACUUUUCCGUCGUAAGAAUCGGCCACCUGUACCUGCUACUGUUAGGAAACGCACCAAUGGUAAGAAGUUCCGAUUACUGUCAGUCGUACUCUGUAGACGUCGUAAAUCAUCACCUACGCAUCAUCACCAGACAACGUCGGAGGAGGAGAGCGACGAAGUAGGAGAGCUACGGAGUGGAACUUGUGGGACUGGAGAAAAUGAUAGGACGCUAUUCCCUUCGCCAUUGACACCAGCUUACGUGAGACAUAGUGGCGUAAACAAAAGAGACGUUAUGGGCAGUGGUAGUAGUUCCAGCGACGUCGAUGGUGCUUGUAGGAGUUUCGAGAGUCAUCUGGUGGAGAUGAUUAUAGAGGAAGGCAAAAUGUGUGAUCUAACAGACGUUGAAGAACUUUUAUACUGCUGGAACAAUUUAGAAAAUCCUGUUUUUAUUGGUUUGGUUUCAAGAUUUUAUGGUGAGUUGUGCAAGGACUUGUUUUCGAAUGAUGAUCAAGACGAAGAGGAAGAGGAUCAAGAACAGAAUACUAGCACCAUUCCAGACUUUAAUUCCUCCUGUAAUCAGUAGUAUUCAAAUGAAUCAAUCCGAUUGUUGUGAUUCAUUGUUUAAGGAGUGUUUGUAAUUGAAUUUCAA